AUGCGAUUGGGAUUGAUCAUUGAUCUGACAAACACAAGUCGUUUUUACGACAAAACAGCUGUGGAAAAGACAGGAAUCAGACAUACCAAGAUGCAAUUAGAGGGGCAUGGGGAGACACCCUCGAGAGAGCAAGUUCAGUUAUUUAUUAAGAUGUGUGAUAGUUACUUCAGUCACAACCCAGGGGAAUUAAUAGGUGUUCACUGUACACAUGGUUUCAAUAGGACUGGUUUUUUGAUAAUUGCAUAUCUGGUGGAAAGAGAUGACUGGAGGUAAUUGAGCUGUAAGAAUAAUUUCUAA